CCUGGAAAGAGUCAAGCGCAGAGGGAGCCUCGGUGAAGAAGCCAAGCAUAUUCUACGGCUUUGGCUCUGUCCAGCAGGAUUUUGACUUGGUUCCCCUCGAAGACCCUGAGUACGAUCAUGGCGACAAUUCCAACUUCGGCCCCUCCACCAAUUGCCCGGAAGCCUGGCGUGUCAUGGAUGGCUGGAUGAACAACUGCCUCACUGAGCAUGAGCUGUGCCGACGCAGAGAAGCCUCAUCGACAUUUCGACCGAACCGACUGCUCCAGCUGAGCCCGUCAGGCACAUUUCGCCUUGUCUCUGGAGGGGAAUGUCCUGCGGCGUCAAAGUACGCGGCGCUCAGCUACUGCUGGGGGAAACAACCGGCUGAGAGCCUGCUGAUGCUUACGCGCACAACUGCACAGUAUCUCCAGCAGGAGAACCGGGUCGAGAGCCUGCCCAAGACAUUCAGAGAAGCCAUCGAGAUUGUGCAAAGGUAUCAAGUCGACUACCUUUGGGUGGACAGACUGUGCAUAUACCAGGAUUCCGUCGAUGAUUGGCAGAGAGAGGCAGCGACCAUGAAGGACGUCUACCAGCAUGCACAUUUCAGCAUCGCAGCGCUCGGUGCCAGCGACAGCGACGGCGGAUGCUUCUUUGAGCGUGAUCCUUCACGCGUGGCACCCACCAUGGUGCGUGUCAAGACUGCCGAAGACGAGGUGGAAGCCGCCUACGUGUCUGAGCUCGACAGGAGCAUCUCAUGGUAUUACGCUUUUGCGUCUGAGCCGCUUGUGCAGCGCUCCUGGGUCGUUCAGGAACGGCUUUUGGCACCCCGCACAUUGUACUUUGGGUCCCGCCAGGUGUUUUGGGAGUGUCGCGAAGCUCGCUGUGCCGAGACAGAUCAGUCGAGAAUCAGCAUUGGGGGUGCAGACGAGGAUCAGCGGGCCAAAAGCACGCAUGAAAGUCCCUGUUUGUGGAAAACGUUGCUGGACGGGCCCGAUGUAUCCACUGGCGAGGACAAAGUUGAACAGCUGUUCCUCGAUUGGAUAGCUCUCGUGGCUUACUAUACGGACCGGGAGCUCACAGUCCACACAGACAAGCUUGUUGCGAUAUCCGGCCUCGCGAAGGACAUGCGAGCAGCCCUGAACAGGCUGAAACCUGGGAAGCACCAUCGUUAUCUCGCCGGGCUUUGGGAAGAGCAGUUUCCGGACGGGCUUAUGUGGUGCGUCGCAGGCCCUGCACAACGACGCGACACAUAUCGUGCACCCACAUGGUCUUGGGCCAGCCUCGACGGGAGACUCUCCAUGCAGCCCUUGCCUGAAAUGGGGCGCAUCUUGUUCGCCGCCGUCCUGUCUGCCACCAUGACGUUUCAGAGCGAGGACGACACAGGGGAAGUUGAGUCUGCAGCGCUUACUCUGAGAGGGCCUUUUGCCGCCGCCAUCAUUGAUGUUGGUGGGACAGUGGAAAUAUCCCAUUUUGAUAAUGUUAAAGCAAUACUCCGAUUCCGGGGGCGCGACGGGGAUAUGCAGCCUGAAGACCAAGCUAUGAAGGGUUAUUCAUGGUAUGAUGGAACAUUUGACUCGAUGGAAGACGUUGCGGAAGAGGUCUUCGUACUCUGGAUAAAGUUAUCCGCGCCACCACGCAACUUAAUGGAAGGUCUUCUACUUGCUGAUGCUGCGAAUGGUAACUUCCGUCGGAUAGGGAUUGCUUCAAGCCAUUUCGGGAGCCGGGAAGAGGCAGUUUCAUUCAUCGGUCAAUUCGAAGAGCGAAAAGUCGUUCUGGUAUGACCCAGAGGCUCGAGACAAGUUAUCCACGUUCAGAGAAGUUCUUUUCUAGAUGCGAAAACUUUCAUAAGAGCUGAGAUCUUAAACCAGAUAGCUGAAUUCCAAGAUUACGCA